AUGAUGCUCGGUCGAAUCUUGGUAGUGGUCAUGUCUCUGGCCGUGGCAGAGGGCAGCUGCCUCUCCGACAACCAAAACAACUUGCACACGUGCGCCCAGCAAUGUUCAGAGAAGGACUCCAAGGCCGCGUGUGUGUCCGACUGCCUGCUCGGCUUGAAGGUGCCAUCUACCUGUGCCUCCUGCCUGGGCACACAAGUCGACUGCGGCCGACGAUUCUGUGCAAAGGAGUGCAGUUCAGGCAACUCCUCGGACUUCUGCUUGGCGUGCCUGGACUCGAAGUGCUCCGACUGCAGCAAGGCACUCAACUUCGACUCCCAUUCGCUGGUGGAUGCUGGGCCGGACUUCACCAAGCUCUUCCUUGGUGCCACAGGCGAGGAGGCAGAUGGACCCGUGAGCUUCCUUGCAAGGCAGGCAGGAACCUGUGCUACAGGAGGUUCCUUGCUGCAUGGUUGUGGCAGCCCCUGCUACAGCCAUCCAGAUCCCUCCGGCUGCUAUGCGCGGUGUUCCAUCAACUCCUGCUACGGAGGAUGCUCGAGCUGCGGCAACCAGCACUGCUUUGAGUCUUGCAGGAGAUCUGUUGCGAGCUUUGAGUGCGCAGUAUGCAUUAGCGGCCACUGUGGGGGCUGCUCGGUGAGUUACAGCUCGAUGAACUCAGCCCCAGUGGAGAGCCAAACGGCACCCAUUUUACCAUGA